UGGGCCGCGCGUGGCGCGAGCGGAAGUGACGUCACCCGAGUUCGGGGCCGAACGUGUUUCCCGUAGGUCGCCUUCCCGGCAGGGAAGUUCUGAAGUAGUCUACCCCGCGUGUAGCCAAGCUGCGUCGGUACUGUCGCCAGGAUGGUGAAGCCCAAGUACAAAGGACGGAGCACCAUCAAUCGGUCGUCAGCCAGCACCAACCCGGAUCGAGUACAGGGAGCUGGAGGCCAAAACAUGAGGGACCGGGCCACAAUUCGGCGCCUGAAUAUGUACAGGCAAAAGGAGCGCAGGAACAGUCGUGGUAAAGUGAUUAAGCCACUGCAGUAUCAGUCAACUGUGGCUUCUGGCACAGUGGCACGAGUGGAGCCAAAUAUUAAAUGGUUUGGAAACACUCGUGUGAUCAAGCAGGCAUCAUUACAAAAAUUUCAAGAAGAAAUGGAUAAAGUUAUGAAGGAUCCAUACAAAGUUGUCAUGAAACAAAGCAAGUUACCGAUGUCUCUUCUGCGUGAUCGAAUCCAACCUCAUAAUGCAAAGGUUCACAUUCUUGAUACUGAAAGUUUUGAAAGUACAUUUGGUCCAAAGUCACAAAGAAAGCGGCCAAACUUGUUUGCAAGUGAUAUGCAGUCCCUUCUAGAAAAUGCUGAAAUGUCCACUGAGAGCUAUGACCAGGGCAAGGACCGUGAUUUGGUGGCGGAGGACACUGGUGUAAGAAAUGAAGCUCAAGAAGAGAUAUAUAAAAAGGGGCAGUCGAAAAGAAUAUGGGGAGAGCUCUACAAGGUGAUAGACUCAUCAGAUGUUGUAGUUCAAGUACUUGAUGCUAGAGAUCCAAUGGGUACUCGUUCCCCUCACAUCGAAGCUUACUUGAAAAAGGAAAAACCCUGGAAACACCUCAUUUUUGUACUCAAUAAGUGUGAUCUUGUUCCAACUUGGGCGACAAAACGUUGGGUUGCUGUGCUCUCCCAGGACUACCCGACACUUGCUUUCCAUGCGAGUCUCACCAACCCCUUUGGAAAAGGAGCGUUCAUUCAGCUUCUGCGGCAGUUUGGGAAGUUGCACACAGACAAGAAACAAAUCAGUGUUGGGUUCAUUGGCUAUCCAAAUGUAGGCAAGAGCUCUGUGAUAAACACAUUACGAUCCAAGAAGGUCUGCAAUGUGGCCCCCAUUGCAGGAGAAACAAAGGUCUGGCAGUAUAUUACCUUGAUGCGUCGUAUAUUCCUUAUUGACUGCCCUGGCGUGGUUUACCCCUCUGAGGACUCAGAGACCGACAUAGUGCUCAAAGGAGUGGUUCAAGUUGAAAAAAUUAAAGCUCCUCAGGACCACAUUGGUGCUGUCCUUGAGCGAGCAAAGCCAGAGUAUAUCAGCAAAACAUACAGGAUUGACUCCUGGGAGAAUGCUGAGGACUUCCUUGAGAAACUAGCUCUCCGUACUGGGAAGUUACUGAAGGGCGGAGAGCCUGACUUGCAGACUGUGGGUAAGAUGGUUCUCAAUGACUGGCAGAGAGGUCGGAUCCCUUUCUUUGUCAAGCCACCCAAUGCAGAGCCACCAACAGCUCCCCAGCUUCCACCUUCCUCACCACUGGAAGUUCCCACAGAAAAAAACCAGAACAACCCAGAAGAAGAGAUCUCGGAAACCCUAGCUGAAAAGUCAGAUUCUGUCAUUGAAAAGGAACCAGAAGCAGGCCAUUCCCAAGACUCAAACUCAGAAAUGCAACAGAUCCUCGCACGUGUUCGCCAGAACUUCGGCAAAAUCAAUGUGGGGCCUCAGUUUUCUGCGGAUGACCUGGUUCCUGUGGAGCUGUCAGACAUGGAAGACGACCUGGACAGCCUUUCUGCAGAAGAGGGGGAGGGGGAGGAGGAGGAGGAGCAGUCAGGAGCAGGACCAGCGGAUGCUGUGCAAGAGCCUUCCCAGGACUCUCAGGAGGAACCAGUGGAAAAGGACACCAAAGCAGUGAUUAGAGCCUUAGAUGAAAAGAUUGCCAAGUACCAGAAGUUUCUAAAUAAAGCCAAAGCUAGAAAGUUCUCAGCCAUCCGAAUAUCCAAGGGCUUAAGUGAAAAGGUUUUUGCAAAAUAUGAAGAAGAGAAGAAAAUGUCUGCAGAAGUCAGGGAUGCAGCACCCACCAAAAAGGGAAGGAAGCGGAAUGCAGAGAUGGAAGAAGAACCUUCAAAUAAAUCUCAGAGGAUGCUGACCUGUAAGGAACGGAGGAGAGCAGCACGUCAGCAACAAUCCAAAAAAGUUGGUGUGCGCUACUAUGAAACACACAAUGUGAAAAAUAGAAACAGAAACAAAAAGAAGACGAAUGACUCAGAGGGACAGAAACACAAGCACAAGAAAUUCAGACAGAAGCAAUAACAUCUAGAAAGUUGUUUAUUAAAUUAUACAAAAAUA